GCCGGGGAGGCGGAGGAAACAAAUUUAUCGGUUAUCGGAAAGCGUAAGGAUAGUUGAUCAUGCCUGAUCCAGCCAAGUCCGCUCCAGCCGCGAAGAAAGGCUCCAAGAAAGCGGUGACCAAGACCCAGAAGAAAGAUGGGAAGAAGCGCAGGAAGACAAGGAAGGAGAGUUACGCCAUUUACGUGUACAAGGUGCUGAAGCAGGUGCACCCCGAUACCGGCAUCUCCUCCAAGGCCAUGAGCAUCAUGAACUCCUUUGUCAACGAUGUGUUUGAGCGCAUCGCAGGGGAAGCCUCCCGCCUGGCUCAUUACAACAAGCGCUCCACCAUCACCUCCCGGGAGAUCCAGACCGCGGUCCGCCUGCUGCUGCCUGGGGAGCUGGCCAAGCACGCCGUGUCCGAGGGCACCAAGGCUGUCACCAAGUACACCAGCGCCAAGUAACUGCUGCCCCAUCUCCUGCCCUACUCCCAGCAACACAAAGGCUCUUCUAAGAGCCACCCACCCCCU